AUGAGUUUCUGCAAAAAUAGAAUAAGCCACCGUCAUCUUCAAGUUACCGUGAUAAUUUCUAGUUUGAUAAUCAUAGGAUGUGCAGUUGCCUUGAUUACUAUUGGUAGUAUAUUUUAUAGUUCAGUUCGUAAAUACAAUGGCAAACUUGAGACGACUGUCAAAGGAGUAAUAAAAUGCCUUGUCAUAGUCGGAUGUAUCAUGAUUUUUUCUGGAUUCCUAGGUCUCUUUGGAUCUUGCUUAAAUAGUAAUGAUGUACUUUGCUUGUUUUCUGUUGGUUUGGUCACCAUAAUUAUUGUUCAGCUUGGAACUGGAAUAACAUGUCUUUGUUAUCAUGUAAAGUUGUGGGAUAAUCUACAUUUGAGCAUGAAGAAAGCAGUUGAAAAUUACCAUUUCAAUAAAACGAUAAGCACCAUUCUGGAUAAAAUUCAUAGAGAUCUUAAAUGUUGUGGUUCACUUAAUUACUUAGAAUAUGGAGAUAAAAUUCCCUCGUCCUGUCAUGAAGAUGGUUCCAUUUACAAAAAUGGUUGUACUGAUGUAUUAAAUCAAUUCGGUGGCCGAUUUCUAACUAUUGGUACAGUUUUUUCAUUUAUGUUCAUAAUCCUUGAAAUAAUAACAAUUGGAUGUUCCAUAUAUUUAACUGCAUAUAUCGAUGCAAAAGAUCAGAGAUGA